AGGUUAUGCUCUUGUGAUAAAAUUUGCCGUUGUUGUUGAGAGUUUCGAUAAAGAAGAUUGCUGAGUAUGACAGACAACGACCACCCCACAAACGAAGCUGAAGAAUUCGAAGAAAUAUGUAAAGAUGAUAUCACCAAGACGGUGGAAAACAAACUUUCCACAUCAAAUCUUGUGAUUUUGAGAUACACCCUCGAACCCCUUAUCCAACGGAUAGGGCUUUUAGGAGACCAUAGCCUCCUACACGUUUCACUACUGGAUGCAGAAGGGGAAGAAAGGAAUAUUUCGUUCUUCUUGAAGUUUUUCCCGAAAUUUGCAGCUCCAGCAAGUUUUGCUGAAGGCAUCGGAGCUUUCAAAAAAGAAAUGUUCGUCUAUGAGCUUUUCGAUAUAUUCAAAACUAGCGAUAUUAGCCUAAUAUCUAGCGUCACGCCGACCUGUUACAUAGCUCAGUAUAACAAGUAUUUAAUUCUAGAUAAUUUAAUUAGUGAAGGUUACAAGACUUUAGAUAAACACAAAACCUUGGAUUAUGAAAGUGUGCUAGUUGUGCUUCAAUCUCUAGCAAAAUUGCAUGCGAGUAGCAUAAUUUACGAAGAGAAACGAUCUGCUGAGCUAGGCGAACACUAUAGACUAAUUGACAACUUCGAGCAACAGCUAGAAGAAUCUUUCUUCAAUGACCGCGAAGAUUUUGUCAAUGCAAAAGGUGUCGAGGCUUCGAUCAAGUGUGUAGUGAACGAAAUCGAUAUUUUUGACUUUUCUGAUAAGCUUGUGUCAGGCAAAAGUUUCUCCAAGGUUGCCAAGGAUUUGUGCUAUGAAAUCUAUAGACUAGUGAAGCCCUCCAAGAAGUUCCGAAACACAUUAUGUCAUGGCGACUUGUGGGCAACGAAUUUUUUGCUCAAAUACGAUUCAAAGGACCAGUCUAUAAGUGGAUGUAAAUUUGUAGAUUUUCAAUGUGGCAGAUAUGUACCACCUGCUCAGGACGUGCUUUCGUUUCUUUAUUUGAACACCAACAGAGAUUUCAGGAAAGACAACAUGUACAAAGUUAUUGGCAUGUACUACAGUUACCUGGAGAGACAUCUGAAAAUGGCCGGUUUUAAUAUAAACAAUAUCAUUCCUUUCUCCAAUUUCAUGGAAAGCUGUGAAGAACAAAAGCUCUUCGCUAUUGUCCAGACGGCGAUAUAUUUUCCGUUAAUUCUGAUAAGCAACGACGAAGUCGAGGCCUACUUUUCGGAUAGAGAACUUAACGAAAAAGCUUUGUUCGAGGACAGGAGCCAUCUGGUGUUAGCACACAAAGACAAGGAUGAGUCUUAUACCAAGCGUUUGAAGGAGUCCAUUCAGGAUUUGAGGGAUUAUUGCGAGUAUAUUUGAAUGUUCACUUUGGAUAUUUUUGAUUUAAAACACGGUGUUUAGAAAAAAGAUUUAUACUAAAUAAAAUUUGAAUUUAUUAACA